AUGCACACCAUUGCUGAAUUAGUAGAGUUCUUAAAUAAAAUUGGACAAGGACACUUAGCUUAGAACAUAGACAAGUUCACAGAGCAAUAAUAGAAGGAGUUCUUAGAAUAGGUCAAUAAGCUAAACACUACCUAUCCUGGUGGUCUUGAAGAAUACACUAAAAGAGCUAAGGUCUUACUUAAGAAUUCUGCCGAUAAUGUCAAUCCCUAUGAAGGCUUUGUUCCCUCUGUCCCAAUUGGUGAAAAGGUCAACUUUUCUUCAUUUGAAGAAGUAGCUGGAUUAGAAUCUAUUGGUCGUGAAGAACUCAAUCACACUGCUUUUGUAUUAGUUGCAGGUGGUUUGGGUGAAAGACUCUAAUAUGAUGGUAUUAAGAUUGGUAUUCAAUUUGAAAUAACUACUGGUCAAACCUUUUUGAAUUACUACUUAGACUUCAUUAGAGCUUUUAACGAAAAGGCUGAAUUAGCUAUCAUGACUUCUGAUGAUACAUACACACUCACCAUGAAGCUUCUUGAAGAAAACAACUAUUAUGGAUUCCCUAAGGACCAAAUUACUAUCAUGAAAUAAGAGAAAGUCCCUGCUAUGAUUGAUAAUGAUGCCCACUUUACUUAAUUACCUAAUUCUUUGUUAAUUGAAACAAAGCCUCAUGGUCAUGGUGAUGUCCAUACUUUACUCUUUUAACACUAACUUCCUAAAAAGUGGAUUUAACAAGGUAAGAAGUGGCUUGUUGUUUUCUAAGACACUAACCCUCUUGUUUUCCGUGCUCUUCCUUCUGUUUUGGCUAUCUCUAAAACUAAAAACCUCGAAGUAAAUUCCAUAACUGCUCCUCGUAAACCUGGUGAGGCUGUAGGUGCUAUUUGCAAAUUAACUAAGGGUAACGAAAGACUCACUAUUAAUGUAGAAUAUAACUAACUUGGUUCUCUUCUUCCUAAAGAACCAGUUGAUGAACAUGGAUACUCUGUCUUCCCUGGUAAUAUCAACUCUAUUGUCUUUAGCUUAUAAGAAUAUGAUUCCGUCCUUGAAAAAACAAAGGGUCUUAUCAUGGAAUUUAUUAAUCCCAAAUACGCUGAUGCAACAAAAACCAAAUUCAAAAGUUCUUCUCGUUUAGAAUGCAUGUACUAAGACUAUCCUAAAUUGCUUGAAAACGACAACAGAGUUGGUAUGACUUAAGUCAACAGAGCUUUCUGCUUCAGUACAGUUAAAAAUGAUAUUAAGACUGCUGGUUAAAAAUUCUAACAAAAUCUUGCUCCUGAAUCAGCUUCUUCAUGUGAAUAAGAUUUAUAUUUCAUGAACAGACAAAUCCUUAAACUCGUAGGAGUCCAUGUUGAAACUUCUGAUGCCUCUGAUUACGAAUUUGAAAACAUCAAACUUAACCUUUCACCUUAAAUUAUCCUUAAGCCUUCUUUGGGUGUUACUUUAGCUGAAAUUAAAAACAACAUUAAAAAUACUUAAGUUACUAUUACCAGAAAUAGCACAGUUGUUUUAGAUGGAGAAACCUUCAAAAAUGCUAGUGAUAAACUUGAAAUCGAUGGAUAAUUCAAUGUUCCUGCUAAUUACUAAUCUAAAACUAAAUAUAGAACUUUCGUUGGAGUCGAUAGUAAAGCAGCUCAACAUUUAUUAAUUAGAGGUUAUGAUGUUAAAAGAGACUGA